AUGGAAUCCCCCGCAGUCACAGCCCCGCUAGAUCCGCGAGAGCAGCCCAUUCUGGAGCGCUUGCUUCGGACUCGGGAUGCCCUCCUGCUGCUGAAACAAGACAAGUCGUCCUACAUCAAGUCUCGUGACGUUCUUCCUCUAUAUGAAGAAGUCGUCGGAGAAGUCGACAAGCUCAAUGCUGCUCGUAGAGAGACAGACCGCCGCUUGAAUCACAACCGAUUGGACUAUGUCCUGGAUGAUUGCUUUCAGUUGAUCUCGCUUCUCUUCCUGACCGUGGGUAGGAACAAUGAAGCUCCAGCAGUGUACUCGCUGGCGGCUACGAUUCAGCGCCUCCUUGAUCACCUCGAAGAAGCUGGAUUUUACAGCUCCAAGGACUUGAAAUCGAUCACAAAGACUCUCGAAUCGAUGCGAGAGACACUAGACCGGGGCCGCGAUACUUAUUCGCCAGCUCUUCUCACGCUUCUCGAAAGUCGAAUGGAUCACUGCAAGAUUUCAUUGGAGAAAUUAGAGGACGGUCUUCGAGUGCUUGACCCGGCACUCGUCCAAACACACGAGACCCUGGUGUCCAUUCUACGCUCCACAUCUGCUGUGAAUACGCGUUCAAAGUUCUCAGCUACAGAAGUGAAUAAUCUUCGGGAGCAACUGAAGAAAAUUGAAAGCACAUUGAAGGACGGCAAAUUCGUGGAUGCCGAGGGCAAGAUCUUGGCUGGAUCAGACAAUCUGAAAUACUUGAUGGAGCGGUGCUGGCGAUGGACCGAAAUAGUCCUCGAACGCGAGGGCAAAAUUGAUGAGCGCUUCCAGGAUCAAUAUGACCGCCUUCUUGAGAUCCGCAACCAGCUCGAUCGCCUCUCUGUCACCCAGGCUUGGUCCCUUCGCGAAACGGACUUGUUCGGGUAUCAGCGCAAGCUGGAUCGCAUUGACGAGGCUCGGGUAAAUGGAAACUUUGUCGAUGCUGAAGGACAACCGGCAGAUCUCCAUGCUCAACGCACGUUGCUUUACUUGAUCCGACGCAGCUAUGCAUACAUCUACGCUCUGUUGAUCUCUUCUGAACCCGUUUCCGAGGCUCUCUUGCCCGUGUACAACCAGUUGCAGACUCUUCGCAGAUGUCUUAUUGAAGUUAAGGAAUCUGGAGGCGUGUCCAACUCGCGGGAGCUCUACCCAUACAGUAUGAAGCUUAAUUCGAUUGACAACAUGCGUGUCGAUGGUAAAUUCUACAUCGGCCCUGACAUUCCCGAGGGUCAAGGAAGCGUCAACUCCCUCUUGGCCGAAUGCUACGACCUUGUCUGGGAACUCCGGGCGGCUGUCACCGAUGAGGACAACCAGUCAUAG